UUCAGCUGAGGCUACAGCAGAGACGUACCCGUGAGCAGCUGAUAGACCAGGGCAUAAUGCCACCUCUAAAGAGCCCAGCAGCAUUCCAUGAGCAGAUACGUAGCCUGGAGAGAGCCCGGACUGAGAACUUCCUGAAGCACAAGAUUCGCAGCCGACCAGAGAGAUCUGAGCUGGUCAGAAUGCACAUCCUCAAGGAGACUGGGGCAGAGCCCUCCUUGCAGGCCACCCAGAUGAAGCUGAAGAGGGCCAGGCUGGCUGACGACCUGAAUGAGAAGCUGGCUCAGCGCCCCGGUCCCAUGGAACUGGUAGAAAAGAACAUUCUGCCUGUAGAACCCAGCAUCAAGGAGGCCAUCAUUGUAAACUACCCCAAAGCACUGGACGCCUACGGGUUUGAGGAGGACAGCGGGGAUGCCCCGUCUCCAGAGCAGCCGGCCAGCCACGAGUCCCAGGCCGCCGCACCCUCCCCUGGGGAACCCCGGGCCCUGGAGACCCCCUGUCCAUCUCCUCUGCCCACCAUAACCAACAACCAUACCAUCCUACAGCCCUUCCCUGUUGUCACCCAGGCAACAGCAGACUUCCUCAAAGCUCUCUCCACCAAUGAGCCACCAGUUAGUCGCCCAGCUCCCGCACCUCAGCCAAUCACCACUGUUGCUUCUCAAAAGCCAGGGCCCACCCUAGUGAAACAGAGCCAGCCCAGGCAGCCCGGGGAGAGGAAUCACAAUAAGAAGGGCAAGGAGCCCAAGCCCCGGAUCAAGAAGUUAAAGUACCACCAGUACGUCCCCCAGGACCAGAAACAGGAGGCCAGCGAAGCCCCCAUGGACUCAUCCUACGCCAAGAUCCUCCACCAGCAGCAGCUCUUCCUCCAGCUGCAGAUCCUCCACCAGCAGCAGCAGCACUAUAACUACCACACCAUCCUCCCAGCACCCUUAAAGCCUGUAGCUGAGGGUCAGAGCAGCGCUGUGAACGGUCUGCCAACCUCUAGAGUGGUGUCCCUGCCGCCUGCCGUCACUGUCCCGCCUCCCAGCCCUGUCCGCCCAAACAGCCUAUCCAACCGCAAGCCUGGCCACCUGCCCCCCAACCUGGAGGACAUGAAGGUGGCCGAGUUGAAACUGGAGCUGAAGUGCCGAAGCCUCCCUGUGUCAGGGACCAAGACUGAUCUCAUUGAGAGGCUGAGGCCUUACCAGGAGAGCACCAGCACCCCAGCUCUGACCCCCGGCCCAAACACCCUUCCAUACUCAGUCCCCACAGAGGUCAGCUCAUCCCCCGCACUUUUCCUAGCUGCCCAUCAGUUGGCACCAGAGAGCAUGAGCUCCACACCCCCAGUAUCCCCAAUCCCCACAUACCUCUCCACCUUUAGAGACAACAGAGGAGUGUCCGAUCUAUUUUGCGACCCCCAGAGGGUUAGUCCCGGUCGUGCAGGCGUGGGGAUGUCCCCCCUGAGGCCGGGUGUCCCAGAGGAGAAUGACCCGCGGCUUCAUGAGAAGGAGCGUCAGAUCAAGGAGCUGAUGAGGAAGCUGGAGCAGGAGCAGAGGCUUGUGGAGGAGCUGAAGAUGCAGCUGGAGGUGGAGAAGACCCAGCUUCUACAGGGACCCUCUACAGACCCUGUCCCCUUGAUCCAGAUCUCCAAGGUCAAACUGGAAGACAGGGUCCUCCCUAACUGCUCAGCCAUGGUUACUGCAAACAUGGCUCUACAGACUCACCCUCACUCUCUUUCCACUGUGGUGAAGCUGGAGGAUGUGCUCUGCAACUCCCAGCCCCCGCACCAGCCCUACCUCACCCCCACCCUGCCCCAGUUCUUUAUCAGCCACCAGGGAGCAGUGUCCCAGGUUGUAGGUCAGCCUGGCACCCAGACCCUGCUUGCAGCCCAGGAUAGCACUACUCAGAUCCUCCUGCCUGUCCUCCAGGCUACGAUAUCAAAUCAAGCCCCAGGCCUGAUCCAGGCCUCAGUGCCCCAGGUACACACCACCAAGAUGGAGACUCGGCAAGCCUCAACUCAACAGCAGAUACUUAAUCAUAACCACAUGCUGCAGACUUUCACAGCGUGCAACGGCCCUGGCUCUGGGAUGGUGGAGAACCAGACAGGGCCUGACAUGCAUCCCCAGUGUUUCCUGAGAAGCUCCCCAGAUAACAGGCUCUCUCCCCGGGGGGCUUCACCCAACCCCAUCCUCUCCAAUGGGCCUGUCAACAAGUCCCCCUCUCCGUCUCCAUCCCAGCCCAGCUUCAUCCUCCAGCCCUCCUCCCUCGUGACCCAGCCCCCCAUGACCAGGGAGCCCCCUCGCUACGAGGAUGCAGUCAUACAGACACGCAACCUGAAGCAGGCCAACAACCUCACACAGGUUUCCACGGCAAAUAGCCAGCAGAUGGAUGACCUAUUUGACAUCCUGAUUCAGAGUGGAGAGAUCACUCCUUUCAUCCAGCAGCCAGACCUUCUGUCUGUCAGCACUAAGACUGUUCCUGUCACAGCCAAUAUCACUACCCUCCCUGUCAACACCGCCCUGUCCAGGCCUCCUCCACAAAUCCAGGUUGCUCCCCCUCCCAUCUCGCCCUUCGACCCCCUCCAUCUCCCAAGCCUGGCCUCCAUGACCUCAGACAAGCUUUUGGAGGCCUUCCUUGAGGGAACCCUGAACGAUCUGUCCCCAACCACGGACACCCGCACCCUGGGUCUGAUCGAGGAUCUGCAGUCCCAGCUUCUGGAUCAACCCUACUCCCCAAUGGACACCUCAGAGCUGUCCUUCUGCGACUCCAUGUCUCCCCACUCCUCCCUCAAUAUGGGCAUGUCUGACACAGCCCUGGACAACAUGGAGUGGCUGGACCUAACCAUGCCGCCCGGCCCCGCGGUGGGGCUUACACCACUGGGGAUUCCUUCAGACUUCCUGGAUACACACGACCUGCAGCUGCAUUGGGACUGAUGGAGAGAUGGCUGAGGACAAGGAUGGAGUGGAAAGGAGGAAAAGGAUGGAGGGACCAAGAGAAGAGGAGGAUAGCAGUGGUUGAGGAAAUGAAAAAGGAUAGAGGCACUCAACAUAAGAAAUCCAGACUUGGUUAGUCAGGUUAUAGUCCUGGUGCAUUUUAAAACUUUAUUUUUUAUACAAAAUUGUCUUGUUUAUUUUUUGCUACCAUGUCCUAGGAUUGGCCAGCCGGUCAUGGGGGCAUUGGGUGUUGCUUAAUAGAGUAGUGGGGCCAGAGCCAAAUCAACAAGGAUGCAGACAUUAUGGAAAUAUCCUGUGGAGAUGGAGAUAUUUCAAUCAGAACAAUGUUAGAUGUUCCCUCAGCCCUCCUGGAGUUUUCAUUGGGUUGAACUCCUGACAACUCCUGACAGUCAGCCUGUACGGCGGUCAGCUUGCCUUGCAGUGAACACGUGGAUGUGUUAACGUAGCAUGCGUUUCACAUCAGUCAUAUUACAGGGUCUUCAUCUACAGCCAUUUCUCUGUGGACGCAUGCUGUUUGGUUAUUACAGAUCUGUUGUACACAAGCCACGACAGACAGGAUAACUGACAGAUGUAAACCUGACAGAGUACAAGGCUGUGUUUAACACUGGUCUUUUAUUGAAACGUACCUAUAUUUGGGGUUUCUGACCCUUCUGAUACAUAUUGUAUUGGUUGAGACAGUUGGACUAUUUUAAGCAAUGAACUGAACUGACGACGAGAACAAAAUCACUCCUAUUGGACAAGGAGGAGUAGUCUCCUCCCACUAUGAGCUAUGCACUAAGGAGGCAAGGCCUUACAUCGCCUUCAUCUCACAAGGAAAUGUGAAUCACAGAUAAUGAUUUUGUAGAUUUAAUGGUUUAUUGAAACAGUGUUGAUCCACUUGUUGGUUAUCUCAGUGUACUAGCGCCUUCAGUUCAAGUCUAAGUUGAUCCAUCUGAAUGUAAAUGGAGACUUUACACUGUUGGCAGCUUUAUCUUCUGAAAGACAACUGAUGUAUCAGUGGAGAGGGACCAAAUAUGGUAUCACACAGGUACACUACAUACAGGUUAAUGUGUGUACUUACUAUAUGCUAGCCUGGUUCCAUUUCUGUUUGUGCUCUUGCCAACUCUGUUACUCAUUGUCAAGCCAGAUAUGUUUGGCAUAGCAAUGAGUGACAAGAAGUUGGCAUGGUAGCCUGAGUGCCAGUCUUUUUGUGCCAACUGUAUUCUUCCGUGUUUGACAUGUUUUAAUGUGGCUGCAUGACCUCUGGAGAACAGAGGUGUUAGACUUUUCUGUCUGUCCUGAAUUCUGUCUGUCAACUCUCUGCACUUUGUCUCUGUGUGUCAGUGGUUCUGUCUCUGUGUGAGAAAGUAUGCAUGUGUCUAGAGCUUGGCGAAAUGGCCUAAAACCAGGGGCGCAACUUUGGUUUUAGAAGUGGGGGGGGCAUAAUAAUUACUAUUAUUAUUACAUUUUUUAAUCCAGUCGAAUAAUCACAUUCAAAUGAUAAAACGGAGGGACAAAAAAGCAAUUUCAGAAUGUGGGGGAGACAUGUCUCCCCCAUCCCCAGUGAAAGUUGCGCUCCUGCCUAAAACUAAUUUCUAUUAUUUUUCAAACUUAUGGCCCAAUAUAUAUCAAAACACAUUUUUAUGUUUUCUCUAAGCUUUGUUGUACAAUUAAAUGUCAAAUACACUACAUUUAAAACAGUUACCAAUAGUCUAAUCAAUUCAGAGCUUGGUAAAUUAUACAGAGGCUGAACAUAUGCCUUCCACAAACAUGAGACCCACUAAUAUUUACAUUAUUUUAUCAAAAUAGUUGUACUUGCUUUUAUUGCAAUUAUCACUGAUCUGGAUUUCAGGUCUGUCUAUAAAAAGGCACCUUUUGUUACAAAUGUAACCAAAACCAUGCAUAAUGCACAUUCACUAAUCAUGUAGCAGGCAUUAUAGAAAAUGAUUUUAUUUGACUAAAAUGCUGCUAGCGUUACCGUAAUGCGUGCGACAAACUGAGCAUUCAUUUUCCAGAAUGAAUGUUCAUUGUUACAUCUGUUUUAGAAGUGUCUUCUCUGCACGAAAUUUGAAGAGUUGAAACGGUUCGAAAGGUUUACAACUUCUCUAUUACAGUAAAAUAGUAUCUCCAUGUGUUUCUGUGUCCAUAUGACUGAUUUAUGUUGGACCAAACCUCAAAUGCAAAUAACGAGUUGAAACCAUUUGACAGAGAGGAAGAAGUGAUAUCUCAUCGUUGUUGUUGUGAGUGGUGGCGGGAGGUCCUUGGGAGAAAGAGGUGAAGCGAGAGGCUUCACUCUCGCCAAAAUCUAUCCAAAAUAAGCCCAAUGCAUUUCUAUGCGCUUAUUUUGAACCUGAGCUUGUCGCCUGCCUUCCCGCUUUUGUGACAACGACUCCCAUUGUUAGGGCUGAGACAUGAUGAUCUCUUCAUUAUAUACAGAUCUCUGGUGUAAAUGGGAAGGAGCAAACGAGACGAGAUCAAUAAGACAACAUGAGAACAAGCGGACAUAAAUGCUCAUAAAAAAAAAAAAAAACUUGAUUUAACUCGAAUUAAUGUUAAAAACAAGAAUUCGAUAUAUCGCCCAGCCCUAAAUGUCUGUCUAUAAGUAAGAGUCCCUUAUGCCUGUGUGUCUGCAUGUGUGUCAGGGUGUCUUCUUGAAUGCACGUUUUAAUAAGUGUCUGAUAUCGGGCUAUAUUUGUCUCUGUCGCUGAGUUGGCUGCAACUCAUUUGAGUCCUCUUCAUUUCUAUGAAGUUGGACGUUCAUCAGACAGCACUAUCUUUGCCAAGUGAGCACAUUUUACAGGCUGAGAUUUUAAAAGGUUUGGCUCACAGAAUAGCUUUUCUCUGACUGUUCCAUCUGUCCUGUUUGGUUAUAUGGUCAAAACGCAUACAGACACCCCCAGUGGUGUGCCCAGCAUACAGGAUCAACUACAAGGGACUACGCUGUAGCUUCUGGCAUAGCUACCAUUUUGUGGAUGAAUUCUACCAUGAAGAUGAUGAGUAUAUGUAUGAAACAUUGAAACUAGGGUUGUGUAGUUCUUCUACCUGGCAUAUCAUGCCAAACGAGUUACGAAUAUUCAGUAUCUCAAUCCAAAUAUUAUUCUGAUCAAUAUUGUAUAGAAUUAAUACGGUUGUACUGUACAGCACUUUAGAAUACCAUGGCUUUUAUUUUUCUGUCAUUGUUCGAACAAUCAUUCUUAUCCAACAAGUCAAACAUUAAUAAUCACCUCUGGGCAGGUAAUAAUGCCAAAUACUGUACACACGGUCUCUGGCCAUUGGGAACCAAAUAUUCGUAACGGUGGUUUAGAGCUAUUAAGGAAUUAUUUGUUUUUCAAUUGUUCAAUUGUUGCCUAACAUCAGUUAAUAUCUACUGUUGACCAACAAAAAUUAUCGUAUUUCUCAAAUGUUACAAAAUCACUAAAAAAUAUAUGUAUAUACGCAAGAGGAAUAUUACUGUAAAGAUUACUGGCCAAUUGUGCGCCGCCCUAUGGGAGUCCCGAUCACGGCCGGUUGUGACACAGCCUGGGAACGAACCAGGGUCUGUAGUGAUGCCUCUAGCACUGAGAUGCAGUGCCUUAGACCAGUUGGUGCAUUUUUAAAAUUUUGUCAGUACUUUAGAACGAGAUGUCAGAGUACAGCAGAUUCGUCUUCAACACCUGUCAUAUCAACAUGUUGAUCAUUGCAAGCAAAUAUUGAUUUGGGCCUACCUAAUUCUGUGUUUUCUGUACUGUACUGUCUCGCAUUCAACCGCUGUUCUUUGUCUGAAUUGUUGUAACUAGUAAGACAUCUGCCAAGUCUCUGUCAUCCUCUGUAUGCCAUACAUACAUUUUGCACAUUGUGUACAUAUUUAUAUAGAUGUCAUGCAUAUUUUUAUACAUGUGUAGCACAGCCAUGUGCUAUUUUGUAAAUAAUAUGAAACAAUAUGUUAAUAUAUGUACUGUAUGCUUUUAGGCGUCAA